AUGGACACCCUGCAGGACCUCAGCUUCCUCCUGCUCGAGCUGAAGCUCGUCAGCGGCGCCAUGGGAAUCAUAUACCUCGGAGCCCAUGCCUCUCUACGCCGCCCGCCCUCGGCGGCCGUCUCCAAGGACAAGAAGCGUCAGAAGCAGGAGGACGAGACCUUUGCCCAGGGACUGGAACUCUCGGACGCCAUUCUCUUCCCCGUCAUGGCUGCCUGCGUGCUUGUUGGGCUCUACUACCUCAUUCAGUGGCUGCAGGAUCCGGCCAUCAUCAACAAGAUUCUGCGGUCGUAUAUGACGACGAUGUCGAUGGCGAGCUUGCUGACGUUUUAUGCGCAUGGCAUCCAGGUCCUGACGUCCUUUGUGUUUCCCCGGUUCUGGCGUGGGAGAGACGGGAAGCUGCGCAGAGUCGAUCAGGCCAAGAGGGCGGUUGCAGUCUGCGACGACGUGGGCAAUGAACUGGAGAACCCUAACAAUGGCGCAACGAACCCUCUCCCUGGAGCCUUGGGCUUCCUUGUGCCCAUGGCGCGGAUGCACAACAGGGUCUGGAACCUGAGGCAUCUCUUCACGAGGCACUGGUUGCUCGAGGUGUUUGCGCAUGGCAUGGGCAAGGAGACGGCCCACGUCAACUUUGCGCACAUGCUGGCGCUGCUGAUGGCGGUGGUGACUGCGAUUGUCUACUUUGCGACCUCGUGGCCGUUCCUGUCCAACAUGCUGGGCUACGGCAUGUGCUACGGAUCGUUUCUGAUUUUGUCGCCGACUGAUUUCCUCACUGGGUCGCUGGUGCUGUGGGGGCUUUUCUUCUACGACAUCUUUAUGGUGUUUUACACUCCCUAUAUGAUGACGGUAGCCACGACUCUCGACGUUCCCAUCAAGCUCACGUAUGAGGCGGCAUCCAGAAAGAGUAUUCUGGGGCUCGGAGACAUUGUGAUCCCGGGCAUGGUCAUCGGCUGGGCCCUUCGACUCGAUCUCUGGAUCCACUACUACAGGAAGAUCAAGUAUGAAGCCACCGACUUGAAGAUUCUCGAGAAAGUUUCUGGCUCCGAGGAGACGAUUACGCGAAGCGAGACCAAGUACAGAGAGGUCAAGACCCCCUACGUCGAUGUCAAAGGCAACUGGGGAGAGCGCUUCUGGAUCCGCCGAGCUUUCGGCCUCGUCGCUCCUAGAGACUUGCCUCCCCAGGUUGCCGCGUCGAGAUUUCCCAAGACGUACUUUUACGCCUCCAUGGCGGGAUACCUUGUUGGCAUGCUGGUUACGCUCGCCAUGCUGCUCGUGUUCAAGCACGGACAGCCGGCGCUGCUGUAUCUCGUCCCAGGCGUGUUGGGGUCCAUGCUGUUGACCAGCCUGGUGCGUGGGGAAUUCAAGGAGCUGUGGAUGUACACGGAAGAUGGAAGCCUCGACACCAUAGACGUGGUGGUUGACUUGGAUGGGAACGGCAAGGCAGUCAAGACGAUUGGCAAGCUGGAGGAUGGCGUGGUGGACACGACCAAGGACGAUAAGAAGAAGGAAGACGAGAAGGACAAGGAGAAGAGCAAAGAAAAGAAAGCAGAAGCCGCAAAGGACAAGAAGGGGCACAAGGUGUUUUUCGUCUCUUUAGAGGCGCCGCCAGAAGGGGGUGAGGAAGAGGAUCAAUAG